AUGCACAAAACUAAAUUGCCUACCUCCUCACCAGUCUUCCCCAGUCCUCACCAGUCAUCUCCAGUCAUCUCCUGUCCUCACCAGUCCUCACCAGUCUUCCCCAGUCCUCACCAGUCUCCCCAGUCCUCACCAGUCAUCUCCUGUCCCCAGUCCUCACCAGUCCACCCAGUCCUCACCCCAGUCCUCACCCAGUCUUCCCCAGUCCUCACCAGUCUUCCCAGUCCUCACCAGUCAUCUCCUGUCCUCACCAGUCCUCAUCAGUCCUCACCCAGUCCUCACCCCAGUCCUCCCCAGUCUCCAGUCUCACCCAGUCCUCACCAGUUCCCACCCCAGUCCUCACCAGUCAUCUCCUGUCCUCACCAGUCCUCACCAGUCCUCACCCAGUCCUCACCCCAGUCCUCACCCCAGUCCUCACCAGUCUUCCCCAGUCCUCACCAGUCUUCCCAGUCCUCACCAGUCAUCUCCUGUCCUCACCAGUCCUCAUCAGUCCUCACCCAGUCCUCACCCCAGUCCUCCCCAGUCUUCACCAGUCCUCACCCCAGUCCUCACCAGUUCUCACCCAUCGUUCAGCUAGGGAGUGAGGGAAGGACUGCAGUGGCCUCCACAUGGGCGUGGUCACCAGGUCGUGGGCGUGGUCACCGUCUUCGCCAGGUCCUACACGUGGUCACUAGGUCGUGGUCACCAUCCUCACCGGGUCAUGCACAUGGUCACCAGGUCGUGGGCGUGGUCACCAUCUUCACCAGGUCCUACACGUGGUCACCAGGUCGUGGGCGUGGUCACCAGGUCGUGGUGAAUGAAACAGUCAAUGAAGCAGUGGAUGAAACAGUCAAUGAAGCAGUGGAUGAAACAGUCAAUGAAGCAGUGAUUGAAGCAGUGAAACAAGGAGUGGAAGAAGCAGAGAAUGAAACCGUAAAUGAAGCAGUGAAUGAAGCAUUGAAUAAAACAUUGGCUGAAACAGUGAAUGAAGUAGUGGAUGAAAUAGCGAAUGAAGCAGUGAAUGCAGUAGUGGAUGAAACAUUGGAUACGACGGUGAAUUAA